AUGCCCGCAAAGCAAAAGCCUUCAUCAUCAUCUUCAUCCUCCACCUCUUCGGGAACGGCAAAGAAAGGAAGAGGAAAGGACCGAGUUCAACGUAAGAGUAGAGGAGAACUCACGGAAGAGGAACGAUUACAAAAACUUGAUGAAUUAUUGGGUCAAGCACAACCAGCCUCCGAAGAAAUUGGAGAAAAUUUUGAUUGGGAUGGAUUAAAAAAGAUUAAAAAAAAGAAUAAGCAACAUACACGAGCCAAGCACAAGAUUGAAAUUGGACCAAAUAUUUUCAUAUCGAGAAGACAAAUUCUUACAAUUUUGUUCAUGUUGGAAUUGGAAAGUCCGAGAUUAAAGUCCAUUCCUGCAACCAGAAUUGCCAGAUCAUGUAAACACAUUAUUCGAGAGUCGCCCAAGUUUGAUACUCCUAUUGAUAGUCGAACGAAGGAGGUAGCAACUAUGCAUGACUUGAAAAUGUCAAGAGCUGCUUUGGAUCGAUUAACAUUGUAUGUGGAAAAGAAAUUGGAAGAUAUCAUGCGAUGGGGAUAUGUCAUGUCAAUUUCGCAAAAGAAGAAAACAUUGACAUCCGCAAAUGUGUUAACUGCUAGAGAGUUGAUGAAUGGACAAUAUAAUCAUAGUCAAGCUGUCAAUUUCAAUGAUUUGAGAAGGAGGUAUAAUUGUCUUACAAGCGAACAGCAAGAUUUGGAACAAAAAUUGGAAGAUGUUGGCCUCAGAAGCAUCGAUCAAAUCUAUUCCAUUCUUGAGAAUUGUGAACUCAUCAUACCUGGUCAAGAUAUGUAUGUUCCAUUUAAAUUGGAUAUGGCCUUGCGUGAAGAUGAUGUCAAACAAAAGCUCACAGCCAAGGGUAAAGAAUUUUUGGCCAAAUUAAAGCAACAAAAAACAGAAACUACUGAAGAACAAGUCGAGGAGGAUGACCAAGAAGAUGAACAGCAAGAAAUGAGUGAUGAGGAAGAAGAAUAG